AUAAACCUCCUUUUCUCUGGGUAAUCAUUAGCAAUGGUGUUACAACUACUGGCUUUCUUAAUUUGCUAGUCAUGUGGCAAACCAAGUCCUUUCUAAUGCGAAUGAACACCAGAUCAUCUAUAGGCACAUCAGUUUCUCAGUAGUCAAUAAACCCACUUCAUCUUGUUGUAUAUGUUCUCUAUUUAACUAAAUGCACCCCCAAUAGGUUUCUAUGUCAUUCCUGAAUAGAGGUCAUCCAAAUUGAAUGGACUUCAAGAUGAAUACUGCACGGCCUGAUGCUUCUCUUGACAUCCUCUCUGACGCCUGGUGCAACUCCGCCAUCCAAGUUUUCCAACCGACGGUGGAUGAGUGCUCAAACUUGUUCAAGGACAAACAGAUUGUGGCAUCAGAGAGCUAUAAGAUGGCACUUACAUCGAAAGGAGAAAGAAACUUGAAAGUGGAUGAAGGUGAAUUCAAGGCAACUUCACAGAUUAAGAUCGACGAUUUGAAGUCCUGGAUAUGGCUUCAGAAGGCAAUACAUCCAGAGCUGGAUUAUGACCUUUGCACAAGACAGAAAUGGUUCACAAAAAUUGGAUCUUGGAAUGGGAAAUCAAUCAAGAAAUGGUUGAAGGAAAUCAAGCAGAAGCGCAAGGACCAGAAACGUUUGCAUGAAGCAGAAAUUCAUGCAGCCAUUUCAGUCGCAGGGGUUGCAGCGGCCUUAGCAGUCAUUGCAGCGGAAGAAUCAGAAGCCAACAAACACAAGUCGCUAAAGGAAAGUGCAGUUGCCUCAGCAGCUGCUUUAGUGGCAGCGCAGUGUGCCCAAGUUGCAGAGGCUGUGGGUGCAAAGCAUGACGAGAUCUCUUCAGCCAUUAACCAAGCUGUGACUGCUAGAGAUGCAAGUAACAUCAUCACCCUAACAGCUGCUACAGCAACAUCUUUGAGAGGUGUAACCACACUAAGAAGAAGACAGAACCAUACAGAAAAACUAAAGGGCAGUCCACUAAAACUUCUUGAUGAGUUUGACUUUGACUUUGGAAGAUGCAGAACAUUGCUGGCAAAGGGUGAUGAGAUCCAUGUUGCAACACCUGAUGGCAAAUGCAGGAUAAAAUCAGUCUCAGUUAUCUUAAACAAGGAUGCUAAAGUUCUCCUCAAAAUCAAAAAGAUAAAUAUGCUAAUGGUCCUCUCCACUGCCAAAGAAUGUUUCAUAUCUGAGUUGCACACAAACCCUCUUGGCGACCCAGUACAAGAUCAAGAUGAUUCUUAUUCCAUUGAGAUGACAACUAGCCAAGGGAAGAUUGAGCUAAAAUUUGAUGACUACAUCCGCUUCAAGAAAUGGAUUACAACCAUAAACCAUAUGUUGAUGCUGUCAGUAACAUUCAGCAAACAAGGAGGAGUGUCUCUUCCAUAAUCUCAAAUCUGUGACUGCAGUUUCCUUUUAAUAGACAUUGAGUGGCAAUAAUGAAUAUUGUGUUCAAACUAUCCUUGAUACAUGUUUAUUUAUAAUAAAGUUCAACAAUACCA